CAGAUUGAAAUGCAACAGUCACAGAAUGUUAUCGAUGAAGUUCAGGAAUCAGCAAGGAAAUUGAGAGAUUUAGUGCUGCGUAUUAGGACAAAGCAGGCUAGUCAUGCUGAUGUAAAUAAAUUUGAAAGUGAUGUCCAGAAGCUUGUAGCUAGGUGGGAUAAUGCAAGAUCUCAAAUAGUUGAAAGACUUAGAAGUUGUGGUGCUUCUUCUGAAUUGCUUCGUGCAUACAAAACAAAAAUGGAAAAGGAUAGUGUAUGGAUUUCUGAAACAACAGUGAAAAUGAAUAGCAUGAAAACUGUAAAAAAAAUGACAACUAAGGAAAUCGAAAUGACAGUAGAACCUGCUAUGGAUCUUUAUUCAUCAGUUGCUGAGAGGUGUUCAUCUAUAGAACAGACAAACAUCUUAGGUGCAAGAUACAUUAGAGAAGCAAAGAUAUAUGACCUCAGACUGAAGCAUUAUAAAGAGAACUUAGAAGAGGAGCAUCCAAGUCUGGAUGCAAGCCUUCAAAAGAAAGCUGCAGUCUUUUCUGGAGCAGAUACAGUAGCAACUGAAUUAGAAAGAAUAAAUCAGGAGUACUCAUCUCUACUACAACAAAUUUUAAAUUAUCUGGAUGAGCUGAAAAAUGCUUUCUCUAAACAUCAGAAAUUGAAGUGGCUCACUGUUAUCUCCCAAGCAUCUCCAGUAACCCUGAAGACCUAUAGCUCACUUAUUGACCAAGUAUCUUCUGUGGAACCAAUUACUACUAGUGAGAAUGACACUAGUGCCUGUAUUUUAACAUCUCAUCUACAAGAAAAUGUACUAACUUCCAAUGCAAAAAUAAGUGCUAAAGGAAACUCAAAAUUACAUCAGAGCAUUUUAUAUUCAGAAGAAACAAAGUUUUCUCCAGUUACACAGAGUAAGCUAGUACUGUCUAAAACAUCGGAUAUGAAAAACAGCAGGACUAAUGUUCAAAAUGAGGAACUUAUGUCUCAGAAUAUCUGUUCGGUUAAAGGCAUAUUCAAUCCCAAAACUGGAAAAAUGGCAACACUAUAUGAAGCAGUUGAACAAAAUAUUUUGAAUUUUACAAAUGCUGAAUUUUCAGAUCUUAGAACUGGUAGACGAAUGUCUCUGCAAGAGGCUGUAGUGAAAGGAUUUAUAGAUCAAGCUUUUUAUGACAAGGUAUCUACUAAAUGUGGCAUAUAUUUCCCUGGUACAAAAGAGGAAUUGUCUUUGGUAGAAGCAGUACAAAAAGGUCUUUAUGACAUCCAAAAAGGUACUCUUUUAAAUCCUCAAGAUGGAAAGCCACUUACUUUGAAUGAAGCUUUCCACAAUGGAAUUAUAAAGAAAUCAGGCAUAAAAACUCUUAUUAAUAUGAAACUUAUAAAAACCACCAAUCUUACUCUUUCUGAAGCUAUUGAGCAAGAAUUUUUAAAUCCUAAAACUGGCAUAUUUCGAGAACCCUUAACUGGUCAUACUAUGCCAUUCAAGAUGGCUGUUGAUCAGGGCUUCAUUAAUAUAUCUGCUUUUUCAGAACCAGAAUGUGGAAUUUCUCUUUCUGAAGCUGUAGAUCGAAAUAUUAUUCAUGAUCACUCUGGGCAAAUAUUAGAUCAGGACUCUGGUGAAAAAUAUACUCUUGAUGAAGCAAUAACGAAAGGAAUCCUUCGAUCUGAUAUAUGUGAAAUAGUUGAUGUUAAGAACAAAAUAGCUGUGCCACUUAGCAGUGCAUUAAACCAAGGAAUAAUACAUGCACAAAGUGGAAAAUUUAUUAAUACUGAGACAUCAGAGCAUUAUACGAUUAAAACAGCUAGAGAAAGAAAUUUAAUUUUAAAACCUUUUACUUUAAAGGAAGCAUUAGAAAAAGGUUUUGCUGAUGACAAUAGCAUUAUUGAUCCUAUAAUUGGCCAAAAAUUAAGCAUUUUGGAAGCACUAUCUCGAGGGAUUUUAGAUGCUGAGUCAAAAUGCGUUGUAGAUUCACUUUCUAGUGAGCUUCUGUCUUUACCUGAAGCUUUACACAGAGGAACAAUUUUACCUAGUGCAAAAUACUUUGAUUCUGAAUCUGGUCGCGAAUUACCACUAUCAUCUGCUUUAGAUGAGGGAUUUAUAACAUCUGUCAGUUGUAAAAUGAUUUUCGAUAUAGAGGGUAUAAAAGAUACAAAAGUAAAUGAACUGAUUAGUUUUAGUACAUCUUUAGAAAGGAACAUAAUUGAUUUAAAAAAGGAAUUAUUCCUAGAUACUUCUUCUGAACAAAAAAUUUCUUUGGAAGAAGCAGUUUCAAGAGGCUUUAUUCAGCAUCAAAUAUAUGAUAUGCUUUGUAAACCUAUUGGGAUAAAAGAUUGUGGAAAGGAAUUGAAUCUUAUUGAAUGUUGCAAAAAGGAUUAUAUUGACCAUAAAACUGGGCAGCUAAAAGAUCCCAAAACAAAGAAGGCUUUGUAUGUCAAAGAAGCCAUCCAGAAAGGUGUAAUAACACCUGAAGGAGCAGCAUUAUUGAAAGGAUUAUUAAAUAUUACUGUGACAAUGGCGACAGUUACUAGAACUAUAACUAAAUUUGUUAGUGUUCCUAGUGAUUCUGAAUUGGUAAGUGGUGAUGUAGUUGCCCAAAACAUAAUGAAUGAAGUGUCAAAUGUCUUGGAGAAGCAUACAGAAGUUAGGAGCACUUCAAAAAGUGACAAAAUUGAUCAUAAAAUUUUACCUCAGAUUCAGAAAAAUCUGGAGCCUGUUAGUAAUUCAAAAGCUGUUUUAAAUUCCAGCCAGACAUCCGAAAAACAAUCUUUUCUUCCAAUCAGAAAGAAGACAAAAGUGGAAGGUGUUGUUUCUUCUGUUAAAAAUUCAUUUUAUGCAAAGUCUUUGCCUCAGAAAUCAUCUGCUCCAGGAAAUGAAGUGCUAGACCCACAAAGGCAGUACUUUUCAACACUUAAAGAUACAAAAGCAUCUCAAGGAAUUCCUGAAAAGAUUCCAGUGAUGUCCAAGAGUUCUUUAAAAUCUAAAUUCACCAAAGAUGCAUUAACAGAGGAAUAUUCAAAGGGUGGAGUUUUCGAUGAUCAAAAAGAAGUAUUUGAAAGGCAAUCAAGUCAAAGCAUGCAAGUUCUGGAGUUGCCCCCAGAUGGAUGGUAUUUAAAAGAUGCUAUUAGCCAGAAGCUAUUUGACCCUCAUACUGGUCUUUUUACUGUACCUGGAACUGAUCGUUUAGUAUCAUUUGAAGAAACUGUCAAAUUGAAUAUCAUAAAUCCAAAGUCAGCUUUAGUAGUAGUUCCCAAUUCAAAGCAAACUGUUCCUUUAGAUAGUGCUUUAGAAAUGAAAAUUUUAGACUCCACAGGCCAUUAUAAUGCCAAAAUGGGUUCCAAUUUUUCAAUGCAAAAGGCUAUUGAAGAAGAUGUUAUAAUUAUGUCUGAUUCAGCAGGUCAAGAUAAAAGCAAAUCUGCUUCAAGUUGUUUUACAGCCACUCAGUUUCCUGUAUCACAGAUAUGCCCAGAAAAUCUAGAUACAGUAAUUCAGGAACAUAUGGAACUACCAAGCAUUAAAACUUCAUAUGAGACCAUCAAAUCAUAUAACAUAUCUGAAGAUCAUUCAGUUCAAAAUGUGCAUGGACUUGCAAAAACUCUUCACUCUCCUGAAAGAGAAGCCAUAAUUCUGCAUAAAAUUCCAAAGAAACUGCUUUCACCUAAAGAUGCUGCAUUGGAGGGAUUUAUUGAUCAAGAGACUGCUAAUAUAUUGUUAGAAGCUAUUGCAAAAAAAGGCAAUAAAGCUGGUUUAAUGGAAAUAAAAGGCUUUGAGGAUAAACUGAAUCAUGGACAUGUGACUGAUUAUCAAAAAGGGGAACUAAUAUCUGUAACAAAAGCACUGCAGGUGGGAUUGAUUGAUAACAGAACAGGAAAACUGUUGAUACCUGUAGGAUGCUCUGUUAGUUUAUCUGAAGCUCUUGAUAAUGGUUUGAUACACAAAGUAUCACAGAAGAUUAUCCAUCCUGAAAGUGGUCAACAGCUUAGCAUUGAAGAAGCAAUAAUGUGUGAUAUAUUGAACCCAUAUUCAUUUUACGCUGAUCCUGUAGGUAAGGUUAGAGUAACUAUUGCUGAUGCCAUUACAAAAGGACAGAUUAACAGUAGAACUGGAGAAAUUCUAACGGUUUCUGGAAACAUUUCUAUCUUAGAAGCUGUGCAUAGAAAGUUGUUUCAUUCAGUUAAAUGCGCUUUCAAAUCGCCUCCUUUGGUUGCACUAACAUUUCCCACUGCACUGCAAUAUGGAUACAUUGAUAUUGAUUCAAAAGAAUAUAUUCUUCCUAGUAAUCAGGAAAGAAUAUCGUUACAAAAAGCUUUUGAUACUGGAAAACUUAUGGUAAUUCCUGUUCAGCCACAACGAGAAUAUUUUCUUUUAGAUGAUGCCUUAAAUAAAAAACUGAUUGAUUCAAAAAAAUUCACUUUUAAACAUCCUGUUACAGGAGAAAUAACUGAUUUAAGAGAAGCAAUGAGCAGUGGCCUUCUUGUAGCAAAAUCUGUCAGAUUAACUUUGACCCCAUUUACAAGCUACCAAACUGAAAGUACUGUACAAACCACCAAUAAAUAUUCUAAUGACAUAAAUGUUAGUGAAGAGUUUUCUGAAGCUGAAAGGACUGAUUAUAGUGCUAUGCCAUUCAGUACUGCUGUUAUGGAGAAUGCAUUAGAUUUAGAUUCUGGAACUUUUUAUGAUAAAUUUUCAAAGCGUACUUAUCCUAUACCAGAAGCUAUAAAACUGCAGAUUCUUGUACCUCUAGAACAAGUGCAGGAAAAUACACUGGAAGAGAAAUAUUCACUUUGUCAAGCAUUGUACUCAUUAUAUGAUGAAAAGUCCAAGAAGUUCUUAGAACCAAAUACUAAAAAACUGGUCUCAUUCGAAUAUCUGGUUAAAAAUAAUUAUAUAGAUUUAGAAUCUCUAAUUUAUGAUGCAAAUAAGAAGUGCAUUCUAACAUUAAAUGAUGCUAUCAAAUUGAAUAUUAUUGAUAUUCAUAGUGGACACUAUGUGCAGAAGGAUGGGAAAAAAUUAAAUGCUAUAGAAGCUACAAAACUGGGAUUAUUGGCAUUCAUAAGUGUUCCAAAUCCAGAUAUUAAGUCUGUUAUCAUGGAUGUAGCUUAUGGAAGGUCUCAAAUUUCACAUCCAAGACCAUCCUCAUUGCCACUAGAAAAGAAUGCUUUAGAAGUUAAAUCUUUGUUGUCUUCCACAAAAAUAUCAUCUGCUUCUAAGCAAGUUAAUGGUAAUUAUCAAAGUGAAAACUUUAAAGCUCCUAGUACAAAGAAAUAUAAGGUUGAUAGAAAGUCAUCUCCUAGAUCUGGUACUUGUUAUGAUUCUGAUGAAUAUUAUGUUGAAAAUGUCUGUGAAUCAGUUGUUAUACCUUCAGGGCAAAAGGUUAAACCUGUUGACCAAACUGAUAAUUUGUAUUCAAAGAAACAAACCUCUACUCUUGAUAAAUUUUCUGGUGAAAAUUCACAGCCAAUUUGUGUAUCAACAUCUGAGUCCCACUCCGAGACAAGAAGUGUCAAGUCUGAAAAAAGGCUUGGCUCUCCAACCAAAAGUGAAUUUCUUCAAACUCCUUAUUUAAAACAUGGGGAAUCUUCUAAACCAGUAGAUGAGGGUGAAGAUUCUUUCAUAAUGAUUGGAUCUGAUUUUGAAACAGAGCCUAUAAAAAAUACUGAUUAUCUAUCUAAAAUUCAUUCUCCUUCUAAAACAGAAAAAUUUCAGGCAAAGUCAUUGUCAGAAAAAACUAACUAUUUAUCUGUGACUUCUGAAAUCUCGGAAAAGGCAGAGCCAUACUAUUCUGAAACUUAUAAAACUGAUGUAAUGAAUCAAAAAAGCUAUGUUAGUGAGUCUGCAUCAUAUAGCUCUAUUGAUCUAGUGCCGUCACAGAAAUAUUCAUUACCAUUAGAAACCAAAAACGAUUCACCAGUUAAAACAUCUGAUUCUGUAACUGAAAUAUUUGAGCCAGAAGGUAAAGAAUUAGCUUCUGCAUGCAGACCUGAAUCUCCCUCUAAACAGUAUAAAAUACCUGUAAAAAAAAUCCUGUCUCCAACCAGCCAUACAGUUUCUCCAGUUAGAGAGCCUGAGUCUCCAACUAAACAGCAUAAGUCUGAAGUUAAACAAUUUGUGUCAUCUACUGAAAGGUCUGAAUCUUAUACCAGGGGACAAGAGUCUCCAGUGAAGUAUCCCAAGUCUCCAACCAAACAGACAGAGUCUUCCAUAAAGCAACCCAAAUCUCCUACAAAACAACUCAAAUCUCCAAAAAAGAUUGAAUCAUCAGUAAAGGAGCCAGAUACUCCAACUAUCCAAUCUGAGAGUAUAAUUUUACAGUCUGAAGUUUCACCAAAACAGUGUAAAUCUCUGACCAAGCAACCUGAGCAUUCAGCUAAAUUGUCAGAGUCUUUUACUAAACAGUCAGAGCCUCAAACUAGUCUAACUAAGCAGCUUAAAGAUGCAGUAUUGCAAAAGGAGUUAUCAUCUAAAGAAUCUGAUUCUGUGAUCAAAUGGUUAGAAUCUUCAAGUAAACAAUCAGAUUUUCAAACUCAGCAAUCAGAGUCCCUUUCCAGGGAGUCUCACUCUCCAAGCAAAAGACCAGAAUCUCCAGUCAAAGGGGCAGACUCUCCUGUGAAGCAUGCAGAGUCUCCUUUCAAACAGCCAAAAUCGCCAGUCAAACAGUUAGAGUUGCCAGCCAAGCAAUCAGAGUCUCCAACUAAACAACCUGAGUUUCUAGCCAAACAGGCAGAGUCCGCAUCCAAAACGCCAGAGUCUGCAAGCAAACAAGGAGAGUCUCUAACUAAGCUACCAGAAUUUUCAACUAGGCAGGCAGAGUCUCCAGCCAAACAGCCAGAGUCUCUAAGCAAACAAUCAGAGUCUCCAACCAAAAAACCAGAGUAUCCAGCCAAGCAACCAGAGUCUGUAACCAAACCACCAGAACCUCAAACCAAAAGACCAGAAUCUCCAGCCAAGCAAGCACAGUUUCCAACCAGAAGAUCAGUGUCUCCAAACAAACAGCCAGAGUCUCCAUCUAGAAAGUCAGUGCCUCCAACCAAACAGCCAGAGUCUCCAUCUAGAAGGUCAGUAUCUCCCACCAAACAGCCAGAGUCUCCAACUAGAAGGUCAGUAUCUCCAACCAAGCAGCCAGAGUCUCAACCUAGAAGAUCAGUGUCUCCAACCAAACAGCCAGAGUCUCCAACUAGAAGGUCAGUGUCUCCAACCAAACAGCCAGAGUCUCCUUCCAGACAGCCAGAAUCUCCAACUAAACAAGCAGAGUCUCCAACUAGAUGGUCAGAAUCACCGGCAAAGCAUCUGGGGUCAACUACCAAGCAUCCAGAAUCUUCUAUCAAACUGCCAGAAUCUCCUGUUAAACAACAGGAAUUCCCAACCAGAAGGGCUGGAUCACCAACUAAGAGAGCAGAAUCUCCAAUCAGAAUGCCAGACUCACCAACUAAAAUACCAGAAUCACCACCUAAAAGGCCAGAAUCCUUAAUCAAAAAACCAGAAUCCCCACCUAAAAGACCAGAAUCCUUAAUGAAAAGACCAGAAUCCCCAACUAAAAGACCAGAAUUGCCAAUUAGAAAAGCAGAAUCCUCAGCCAAGCAACCAGAAUCUCCAGUCAAAAGACCAGAGCCAUCAUCCAAAUGGGAAGAACCCUUGAUCAAACCAUUUGAGAUUUGCAACAAACAGUCUGAUUCUUUUAACCAAAAGUCUGAGUUUUCUAUGAAGUUAUCGCAGUCUUUCAUCAGAAAAUCUGAAAUUUCUGAUAAAAAACCGGAAAUAUCCAAUAAGGAAGCUGAGCAAAAUGCUCUACUUUCUCAUUUAAAAAGUGGUGGUUUUGUUUCAAAUAAAGAUUUUAUUUCUGAAAAUUCUGAUGUGGCUUCCACAGAAACUUUUACUUACACAAUCAAAAGUAUGAAAAUGGAUGAAAAAUCGACUAAUGAAGAUGAAAUAUUUGGUAGCAAAUUAGUAGCUGAGACUGUACCUUCAGAAUCAUUUCUAAGGGAAUCACUAGCAGAUGAAAGUAAAGGGAGCUCUCUCUUCAAGGAAUUAUUAUCCCCCAGUGAAAUCCAUAGAAGUGAAAGAGAAGUGUUACUUACUUCUGAAAUUAAAAUGCCUGAAGAUCAAUUAUUUGCUCAAAAAUUAACAAAGAUAGAUAGGAAAACUUUUCCUUGUAAUACAUCUAAAAUUUCCACAAAAUUUGUUACUGAAAAUACUGACACAUGUAUUCAGGAAACUUUGCCUUUAGUAGAAGAUAAAGCUGUUAUAACAACAUCAUUGUCUGAACCCAAAAUAUCGUCAUUAAUUCUGACAGAAUCUUGUGUCAAAGAAACAAAAUCUGAAAGUAAAGAAGCAAAGACAAGUGACGGUGAAACUAAAGCAUCAAUCUUGGCACCUAAAUCUCCUGUAAAAAGUACAAAAAGUACUAAAUCACUUAUGAAUGAUGUGAAGUCUCCUGUUCAAGAAUGCGAGCUUGUUGAUAAGGAAAAUAAAUCUUCUGAAUGGAAGGCCGAAUCUCCUGUAAGAGAUUCUAAGUUACCCAUUGAAGAAGGGAAGUCUCCUUUAAAAGAUGGAAAGUUGCCAAUUCAAGAACAUGCAUCUUCUGUAACAGAUAUAAAAUUAUCUCUGAAAGAAUGUAAAUCCAUCUGGAAAGAAACAUCUCCGGAAAGGGCAGUCAAGUCUGCUGUCAGAGAAAUUGAAUCUUCUGUAAGCAAUAAUAAGUCACCUAUUUCAGAAGCUAAAUAUCCUGGUAGAGAAUCCAAAUCUCCUCUAAAGGAAGAUAAGCCUCUUGUCAGAGAAUUCAAGUCUCCUAUAAGACAAGAUAAGCAGCCUGUAAGAGAAGAAAAGUCUCCUAUCAGAGAAGCCAAUUCUUCAGUAAGUGAAGAUAAGUCUUCUGUCAAAGAAUCCAAGUCUUUUGUAAAAGAAACUAAGUCUCCUGUUAGAGAAUCUAAGUCUACUGUCAGAGAAUCUAAAUCUCCUGUAAAAGAAACCAAAUCCCCUGUAAGAGAAAAUAAGUCUCCUGCCAGAGAACCCAAGUCUCCUGUAAAAGAAACCAAAUCUCCUGUAAAAGAAACCAAAUCCCCUGUAAGAGAAGAUAAGUCUCCUGCCAGAGAACCCAAGUCUCCUGUAAAAGAAACCAAAUCCCCUGUAAGAGAAGAUAAGUCUCCUAUCAGGGAAACCAAGUCUCCUGUAAGAGAAGAUGAGUCUCUUGUCAGGGAAUCUAAGUCUCCUGUAAGAGAAGGUAAGUCUCCUGUAAAAGAAACCAAAUCCCCUAAAAGAGAAGAUAAGUCUCCUGUCAAAGAAUGUAAGUCUCCUAUGAGAGAAUCUAAGUCUGCUGUAAGGGAACCUAAUCUUCCUGUUAAAGAAUGCAAGUCCCCUGUAAAAGAAACCAAAUUUCCUGUAAAGGAAUCCAAGUCUCCUGUAAGUGAAGUUUCAUACCCUGGAGAGGAAAUUAAGUUUUCUACAAGAGAAGCUAAAUCUCCUGUUAGAGAGCUCAAGUCUGUAAAGGAAGCUGAAUCUGAACCACAUGGAAGAGAAAUGAAGUCUGCUGUAGAAGAGGCUAGUCCUGUCACAAAGUCCAAAUCUCCUGUAAGAGAAGCCAGAUCUCCUGUCAGAGAGUCCAAAUCUCCUGUAAGGGAAGUUAAAUCUCCUGCUAAGGAACUUAGAUCUCCUGUAAAAAAGCACAAGUCUCCUGUAAGAAAAGCUGAAUCUCCUAUCAGAGAAUCUAAGUCUCCUCAGAGGGACUCUGCCACUGAAACCAAAUCUUCUGGUACAGAACCCAAGUCUUCUAUUAGGGAAAGUAAAUCUCCUGUCAGAGAACCAAAGUCUCCUAUAAGGGAAAAUAAAUCUUUUGUCAGAGAUUCCAAAUUCCCUGUAAGGGAACCUAAAUCCCCAGUCAAACAAUCUAGGUCUCCUACAAGAGAACAAAAAUCUCCUUUGAGAGAUUCUAAAACAUCUAUUCAAGAAGCUAAAUCUGACAUUGAACCUAUUUCUCCAAUGCAGGACGCUAAAUCUCCUCUAGAAAUGAGUACCAGAUCUCCAGAAAGAGAAGUCAAAUCUCCCAAUAAAGAAAUAAAAAAUCAACUUGUAGGAGAAGGCAGUUUCUAUGAUACAGAUACCAAAUCACUCAUGAAGGAAACUGAAUUAAGUACUGCUUUCUCUCCUAAUGAAAUGAAGGGACUUGACUGGAAAAGCUCAGAAGGCACAGAAAUGGAAGUUUGUGUAUCAGAAACAAAGUCAUCAGUCAGGAAAACAUUAUCACUUUCUUCUGAAAUGAAAUCUAAUGACACAGAAACUGGAUUGAAUAGUGAAAGAAUAUCACCAGUAACUGAAGAGAAGUCUAGAUCUUUGUCAGUGGACGAGAUGUUAAUGUUUCAAGAAAAUGAGUCAUCCUCUGUGGAUAUUAAGAAGCCUGACAAAGAAAUAAGAACUGCUUUUCAAAGAAAGACAGUAGUUAAAGAAACAGAGUUACCUAGGAGAGAAAAUAAGUCACCUGUCAAGGAAUAUAAAUCACGUGUAAGAGAUACCAAGUCACCAGUAAAGGAACCCAAAUCAUCCAUAAGAGAUACCAAGUCACCAAUGAAGGAACCCAAAUCACCCAUAAGAGAUACCAAGGCACCUGUGAAAGAAUCCACAUCACCAGUAAAGGAAUCCAAAUCGCCUGUUAAGGAUUCCAAAUUACCUGUGAAGGAAACUAUUUCAUCUGUUAAAAGUAUAUCACCAACUCGUGAAACUAAAAUAGUUAAAAGUGAAAUGAAAGCAAACGUUAUUGAUAAUUCUACGCAGAAUAACAUUGAAGACUUAAACAAAGGGAAAGAGGGUGAUUUAUCUUCAACAGUGUCUCAGUUACUCCUUUCUCCAACCUUAAGAGAACCAUCAGAAACACAGGAAAACUAUAGCAUAUCUCGAACUGCUGUUACUGUUAAGGAAAGUUAUACUGAAGUUACCAAGCAGUUUCAGAUAUCAAGCAUCCCACCUCAAAUCUGUGUUGCAGAUGCAGUUGCAUCUGGAAUUAUUCAGCCUAAUUCUUGUCAUAUUUUGACUGAGAGAGGUAAGGUGCUCUUGCAGAAAGCACUUGAUGAAAAUUUCAUUCUCUCUGAUACUAAGGUGGAGAUCCUUAAUAGUAAUGAAGUUGUUUUACCUGAUGAGAAAUCACCUAAAUUACCCUUGGAAAUGAGUGCUGCUAUCAUAGAGGAAAACCACAAGGUAUGUAAAGAAAAUGCUGCCAAACUUACAUCAUGGAUGAAAGAUAUUGAGUUCAAAUUAGCCGAUUUAGGUGUUGUACGAGAGCAGCUUCCAGGCUUGCAGCAUCAAAUAACUGUUGUUAAGAUAUUGAAAGAAGAAUUGGAAAAUCAACAACAUUUGGUUACUGGUUGUUUAGACGAAAUGAGACAGUUAGCACAACGAGGUAUUGAAGUAUUAAAUAAAGAGGAAAUAACCUUACUCCAAGGAAACUUAAUUUCACUUAAGAAACGUUAUGAUUCCAUUUUAAAUGAAUGUGAUAGACUUUUACGACGUUUGACUUCAGCAUUUGAAGAAUUGCAGAAAUAUAAGUCUGAACUGGAUGCACUAAAAGAAUGGCUGAAUAAUGCUCAACUGGAGAGUAAGAGGAAAGAAGAAGCUUUGAGUUCCCUGACUGAACUUGAAAAGAAUUCUGAGGCUUUCAGAUUAUUUUCCAGUGAUGUUAUUGCUCAUCAAGCUGACCUUCGAUUUAUAACAAUGGCUGCACAAAAGUUCAUUGAUGAAUCACAGGAUUACUUAAAAGCUCUUAAUGCUUUCCGAAAGAACUUGCCACAGUCUAUGCCUACUAUUAAAACUACUGAGAGUGAAGUAAAGUCAGAAGUUCAAGAAGUUACAGCAGUGUAUCAUAAUCUCUUAAAUCAUGUCACCAGAUUAACUGAUAAUUAUUCUAUAAUUUGCAACAAAUAUCGUACUUAUAUUGAAGCUGUUCAGAAAACUGUUAAUUGGUUAAAUGAAGUCAGAAAGUCUUCUAAAAAGGCCCUUGAAGAGCCUGUUGCUGAUGAGCCAAGUUUAGUGCAAGAGCAAAUGGAUAAAAUAAAACUUAUAAAUAUGGAAGUUGUUGGACAAGGAAGACUUGUUGAAAACAUUUGCCAAGCUUUUAAAAUUCUUAUCGAUACUUUAGAGACUUGCCAUGUCAUACCUAAUGAAGCGAAAAGUAUUGAACAAACUGUAUCAUCUAUUCAAGAAGAUUAUAUUCAGCUUGUAAAUUGUAUUGCUGAGCGAAUCAAAGAACUACAAGCUGCUUUGAUUCAUUCUCAAGAUAUUCAAGGUGCACUUGACCGCAUUUUGAAGUGGUUGGAAGAAACAGAAACAACUAUGAAGAUGCAUAAUAAACCCAUUAGUUUGACAAUUGAAAAACUAGAUGAACAGGUCCAAGAGUUCAAAAUUUUAAAAUCUGAUAUAGACAACCAAAAGCAAAGUUUAGAUAUGUUACUUUCCACUGCAAGUGAAUUGACAAAUAAUGCAAAUCCAAAAUUAGUUCGAAAAGUGGAUUCCAAAGUAAAAGAAAUUUCUAAGCGUUUUGAUAAACUAUGUGAAAAAAUAACUAAAAGAGGAAAUUUAUUAGAAGAGAUAUCAGAUUCUGUUCGUAUAUUCCAAGCUAUGGUAGUGCAAUUUGAAGAGUGGAAUAGUGCUACGCUUGAUCGUAUUGAAAGUACAGAUAGUGUGCAUCUUGUUGAUGUUGAUGGUUUUUCUUCAAUCAUUGAAUACACUUUGAAUCAGCGUAACUCGAAGAAAGAUGAUUUUGAACAAAUGAUCAAGAUUGGCAAGAAUCUUAUAUCCAAGAAAGAUGUUUCAGAUGUAACACUUCUAAAAGACAAAAUUCAGACAUUAGAACAACAGUGGAAGAAUCUUGGAGAAAUAUUGAAUGAAAAAAAGCAAAUGGGAAAAAAUCGAGCUGAACAAUUGGCAGCCUAUGAAGCUUUGCGUGUCAAAGUUUUAGACUGGCUCCUGAAAAUUGAGAGAGAUUUUGAAACUACUGAACCCAUAGCUCUUGACCAAAGCACUUUGAAAAAACAAAGCUCAGAAAUAUUGGGACUGUUAAAAGAACAUUCUGAUUAUUCUUCAACUGUAGAAAAACUGAAUAGCUUAGGCACUUCUUGUGAUACAGUUGUGAAAGGGGACACCAGUCCAAAAAGGAAAGCUACGAGUCCCAUCAAAAAACCUUCUAGUCCAACUCGAAAGUCUCCUCCAAGUAUGUAUUUGUGUGCUUCUCUAACAUUAACGUAUUUUUACAUGAUAGCUUUAAAAUAUUUUCUGGUUUAA